AUGGCGUUUUCUCAGUCUAUAGGGAAAGCACAGACUCCUGCUGUGUGUCAAUUCUGUGAAGAAUCCACAGAGAUUAAGUGGAAGUGUAUUAAUUGUGAGCUAUUCCUAUGUCAACUGUGCAGCUCAAAGAUUCAUAGUAAAAGUAAGGCAUCUAUGGAACAUGAAAUUAUUAAUUUAAAAGAUAUUGAAACCGUGGAUUUUGCCAAUACAAUGCGUCAAGUGGAUCUAAAAAAUAUGCAAUGUACAAUACAUAGUAAAGAAAAAUGCGUAAUCUAUUGCAAAGACUGCAGUGAGCCUGCUUGUUUGAAAUGCAUGAUUGAGGUUCAUCAAAAACGUGAAUAUAAAGCACUUGAUGAAGUUUAUGACGGACUUAUUGGUGACAUAAAAGACCUAGAAGAACAAAUUGGAUUCAAUCUUCAGUUGUAUAAAAAAGAAAAAGAUCAACUUCAAAAAGUUCUAUCAGAUGGGGAGACAAAUUUCCACGAAACAAGGGAGACAAUUUUACAAACUGAAAAGGAAAUGAAAGAAGCUGUUUCAAAACACGCUAAAGAACUCCUACAAGUACUAGAAACAAAAUGGAAGCCGUCAGAAAAUAUGAUCAAAACAGAACUUUCUUCCCUUACUAGCAUUCAGGAUGAGUUGGAAACCAGAAGGAACAAUAUAAACCAAGUGCUGCAGUCACAGCAAGUGGCAGAAAUUUUCUCUACAAGUAAAACUUUAGAGAAGUCAUUGCCAAAAUAUUCAGCUAAAACAAUCAACCAUAAUAAGUCAAAGUUCAUUCCUACCAAAAUGCAGGGAAGAAUUGGAAGUCAGAUGUUAGGUGAUCUAUAUACUGUUCCAGACUUUGAUCUUAUGGACACUUAUCAAAGUGAGGUUAAAACUGUGUCAUGUUUACUUUUAUCUAGUGAUAAUAAUGCCUUUAUAGGAAGCUAUCAAAAUGAAAAGUUACAGAACAUAAAACUUGAAAAUCACAAUAUCAAAGUGGAGAAAGAAGUUAAGAUACCAGUCUAUGAUAUGAUAUGGAGAAAUAAUGGUGAAAUACUUUUGUCAACUACAGAGAGUGAUCUGAAACUAUAUACCAAAGAUGGACAGUUACAAACAUUCCAGUCCUUUUCUCCACUUCAAACUUUAGGAGUUCAUCUAACUAGAGACAAUAAGAUAAUUGUAGGUUUGACAGACUCUUUUGUGAUGACUGCAACAGAAGACAGUAUCAGAAAACUUGUAGUUAUGAACCAGGAAGGUGACAUACAACAUACUAUAGAACAUGAUAGUGACAAUCAGAGACUGUUUAACCAUCCUCGUAGAAUCAAUUCCUUCAAUGAUAAGAUAGUAGUUGUAGAUAUUAUAAACAGUGCGCGGGAGGGUAGGGUAGUGAUGUUAGAUUAUGGGGGACAGCUUCAUUGGUCAUACAAUGGUUGUAAUACAACCAAUUCUGAUCAGGCUAAUUUCUAUCCAAGGGUUGUGACAAUUACAUCUACAGACAUGAUCUUAGUUUCUGACUGUUACAAUCAUGCUAUACAUAUCUUAAAUCCUGCUGGGGAGCUUUUUGUAUGUAAGGAUGUAAAAAGCUUAGGAAUAGAAUUACCUGUAUGUCUUGAUAUUGAUGUAAAUGAAUUUUAAUGGAUUGGGUGCAAAGGUGAGAAUGCUAAGAUACACAGUGUUAAGCUGAUAUAACCAA